AUGUCACCAGGAUUUUCAAUUCAGAAGCUGCCCCAGAUGUUUAAUGAAUUUCAGAAAUCCCUGGCGGCAAUGGGCUCUUCUGCAGCCCAACGUUCAACCCGCCCUCGCCGUAUUUCUGAAGACUGUUCCACGGAGGGCAGCGUGAAGCACGGCUGGGGCAAGAAGCCGCGGCCUGCGGUGCCCGAGCAGAGCCGCUUCAGCCCCAACGAGAGCACGACCCUGAUGUCCGCGUCGCCGGGCGCGCUCAACAACGCCUGCGCGUCGCCGCGGGCUGCCAAGGCGGGCGCUGCGGCGCCGUGGAGGGCGACCGCGGACGACUCUGCGAGGCUGGUCAACGCCGCGGACACGCCAGGCGUCUCCAAGGCCACCGUGGGCAUGCAUGGAAUGAAUGGAUCCCAGAGUGAGAGGCCGGCUGGGCAGGGCCAGCGCGCAGGCGGCCGCCGCGCCGCCCAACAGCGCGGCGGCGGGAAGCAUCGCCCCCCCCCGGGGCCGGUGGCCCACUGGCUGGCCGACUUGGCGGCGAUCGACGCGUCUAGACGACCCGACGUGACGACUCGGGACGUCAUCUGGGGGCGACUUCCGCGGGGGGCCGCGCAGGGAGGCGGGGGCGGAACAAAGGCGGCGGGGCCGGAUUCGUGCAUGGACGCCGCCGCGCCGGAGGCGCGGCCGAGUGGGGAACGGCAGGAGCAAGGCAGGGAAGAGGAUGGAAAGGGCCCAAGGCUGGAGCCCCACACACCUCGCGGCGCCAGCGAGGCGGGCCGCGCAAAGGCCAGGCCGGCGCCGCCGGGAGUCAUCAACCUCCUGAUGAAGGCCAACCUGCUCACUCUGGGGGACAAGGUCGAGUACAGGGACGAGUCGGGGCGGGUGCUGAUCGAGGGCUGGGUGUCCUGGACGGGCAUCCUGUGCAGCCGGUGCGCACAGAUCGACGACCCGGCCGCGUUCAGGCAGUGUGCCGGCGACGGCGACGGCAGGGCCAUGGACCGCAUACACACGUCGUCCGGCCACAGCCUGCGCGGCCUGGCCAACCGCCUGUUGCCCGACGUCUGGGCGGGCGCCGAAUACGAGGGAGGGUCGGGGUCGGAGGCGCGCGUUGGAUCUGCGCCGGAAGCUGCGUGCUCCCCCGCAGUGUAG